UAAUAAUUAUUAUUAAUGGAAAUAAGAGGAAAUAAUUCAGAUACAUGGCUUCCUGAGCUGGAAACGCCUCCAGGACUGGAUGGUUCAUCGGAGGCCAUGCAGCAGUUGGUGUUGCCUGAAGCGCACAGAUCAAAGGAAGGAGAUAAGAAUGGAGCUUUACUGAGUGAUAGUUCCAGUUUUGCGCCCUCAGCCAAUCGUGAGCAUCAAUCUGAAGAUGUAAGGACACCAAAUGGCAAGGACUCAGGCUCAGAGGUGGCCAACGGACAUACAAGCAACGUUCACCAGGAAAAUGGUGACAAGAGAGCCACACCUGUCGAGAAAGCUGGAGAAAACGGAGAUAGUCCCAUCGCAAGCAAGAGAACCACAUGCCGCUACAUGACCGCCACAAAGUCAGCCGUGGCCAAGUUUCGAUCAGCUAGCAAUCCCAAGACAAGGGCUCCUGACACACCCGAAUCACCUGCCGGUGUACAGAAACGGUAUUCUUUUGGGGGUGCAACGUCUGCCAAGGCAGCGGAGAAUUCUGCCAAGGGCACCAGUGGCACCAGAAAGUCCAGUUCCUUUCAGAACCGACGAAGUCCAAGUCCAAAGACAGAGAAACCUCCGAGUGCCGAGGCGGUGGCUGCAUCACCUGCACGUCGAAAUUCGUUAGGAAGUGCGGAAGGCAAGAGGUGGAGAACCUGAAAAGCAGGACCCAGCAGCCCAUCCCACGUAUUUUCAGUACUUGGGGUCCACUGCUCACAUGCACCAACAUCGUUUCCAGUUGA